AUGGCGUCGAGGCUCGCCAAGGCUGGUUUCGACGUCACGCUGUUGGAGAAGAACGCCGACGUCGGCGGACGAUGCAGAAGCGAGGAGUUCACGGGGGGGGGUGAGGGGUAUCGGUUCGACACCGGACCGUCGUUGAUGUUACUCCCGGAGCGGUACAUGGAGCAGUUCACGUCGGUUGGUGAGAAGUUGGAGGAUUACUUGGAUAUCGAACGCGUGGACCCGGCGUACAGGGCGCACUUCGGCGAUCACACCACGCUCGAUCUCUUGUACGACAUCGAGGCGAUGCGAAAACAACUCGAUGACGUUGAGUUCGGCGCGGGCGGGAGGUACAUCGAUUGGCUCGGUAGGGCGCGGGCGAGUCUGGAUUACGGCGUCGCCGCGUUCAUCGAGCGCGACGCCAACUCCAUCUUAGAUUUCGUGGAUCUCUCUCGCGUCGGACCGCUCGCGCUCGCGGUGAAUCCGAUCGAUUUGUUGCUCCCGCAGUUUAACCAAAUGGCGAAGUACUUCAAGGACGAGCGUCUGCGCGCGCUGUUCUCGUAUCAGGAGUUGUAUGUCGGACUGAGUCCGUACAACGCCCCAGGAGUGUUCUCCUUGCUCGCCGCCACCGAGCUCACGGACGGAGUCUGGUACCCCAAGGGUGGAUUUACUAAGAUUCGUGAGAGCUUCAACGCUCUCGCGGAGAAGAUGGGGGCGAAAAUUCGUCUCAAUAGCCCGGUCGCGGAAAUCUUAACCGAAGAGGUGAGCGGCAUGGCGGAGGCCAAGGGUGGCACGCACACCGGUCGCAAGGUCACUGGCGUGCGUCUCGCCGACGGUGAAGUGAUCAACGCUGAUGUUGUUGUCGCGAAUCCCGACCUUCCGUGCGUUUGGGACCAAAUGCUCGACUCCGUCGGCGAGCCGGCGCAGCGGGAAAGCGAAAAAUGGGACAAGGCUGACUAUUCGUGCUCCGUGCUCGAGUUCAACUGGUGCCUGAAGAAGGAGAUCCCGGGAUUGUUGCAUCACAACGUGUUCUUAUCGGGCGACUACAAGGGUAGCUGGAACCGACCGGCCACGGUGGAUGACUUCGCGGCGCCGAAGCAACACAACUUUUACUGCCACAAUCCCGUGUACACGGAUAAGACGUGCGCGCCAGAGGGUGGCGCAUCGCUCAUGAUCUUGCUACCGAUCGCUAAUAUUAAAGAACAAGAAGAGAUCUGCAAGAAGCGCGGCGUUCCGGUCCCGAGCGAGGCCGAGCUCGUCGAGGCUGGCAGACAAGCCAUCCUUCGCCGAUUCAAGGAGGCCGGGCAUGGGGACCUCUCUGAGAUCAUCGCGCACGAAUCCGUCACCGUCCCCUCGGAGUGGCGUGACAAGUUUAACAUUAAAAACGGCGCGGUAUUCGGGUUGUCUCACGGUUUGCUUCAACUUGCCGCUUUCCGACCUCCGGUGCGCACCGGGAUCAAGCAACUGGACUCCCCCGUCGUCGAAGGCUUGCACUUUGUCGGCGCCUCCACGAGACCGGGCAACGGCGUCCCCUUGGUCCUCAUGGGCGUCAAGGUUGUCGCGGAGCAAAUCAUGCGCGAGGCCGAGGUCACAGCCCUCGCGCGCUAG